AACUACCAUCGCCAUCGAGCUCGAGAAACGCUGGAACUAGUUCUCGACCAGCCAUUCGUUCAAAUCAGUCCCCAAAGUGCAAGAGCCAUGAAUAAUGUUCGGAUUUGUAUGGUUCUCUUACUGGCACUCCUUCCGGUAGUGGUGAAAAGCCAACAGAGCGUUAUCAAAGUGCCCUGCAACAGCAUUUUCGGCUGCAUCUCUCAAGUCCAUUGUGCAGCGGACGAGUACUGGACUCCGGGCGCUGCCCUCGACGGCUGUUGCCCCGGUUGCGUUAGAGGGCUCGGACUGGGACAAACGGGAUGUGACUCCAACGGGACGGCCUGUGCACCGGGAUUAUUCUGUGCCAAAGGAGCCAUCUGUGCGUUGAAUAGUACUAGCUGCCUGUCCACCCGGCACGUGUCCGAAAAGGUCCUGUGGAAGCCGCAAUGCAACACGAGGGGGGAGUUCAUCCCGAAGCAGUGUCGGGGGGAUCGGCUGCUGGGGCGGUGUUUCUGCUAUUCGACCACCGGCAAGCGGAUAUUUGGAUGGCAAUGGCAAGGCAAGGCGGACAAUAUGACUUGCGCCUGCAGUCGACGGCGGUCCGAUUUGGAAGCGGCCGGACGCCAAGAUGUUACCUUGCAUUGUAGCGCCGAUGGGAACUUUGAAACGUUGCAGUGCGAUGGAGGAGUGUGCUGGUGUGCCGAUCCCAAGACGGGGGAACCAUGGCCACGGGUGCCGGCUGUGUUGCCAUCAAUGUGGCAGAAGUUGCCAUGCUAUAAUCGAACACUUCAUGGUGAGCAGUACCUACGACAAUGUGAAAGUGAGUUCUUUGCUCAGAAGCAAUUGGAAAAGAAAUUCGCCUUACAUGGCCAUGUGAAUGUUACUCACACAGCGUUGGUGUGUGACUACGAUGGCACCUAUGGGGUAAACGAGUUCGAACGAGGAAUCGCAUAUUGCACCUGGCGCGAUGGCACCCGGAUCGAGCAGUACCAAACGAGCAGCCUCAAGGCGCACCUGAUGACCUGCAAUUGCGCCCGGGAUGAGAAGAUAUUUCAAGCAGCCGGUUUGCAGCUGGAACUACUUUGCGAAGGUAAUGGGAACUAUGCCACACUGCAGGAUCGCAAUGGGGAACUAUUUUGCGUAGACCGGGAUGGUUUUGUGGUGGCCGAACGGGUUCAACCGGAAACGAACUGCGAGGAGUACAUUUUUGGAUGAAAAAAUGAUGUUAUCAGUUUUAUCGAAUAAUAAAAAAUAAAUAGGAUAACAAUGUUUGUCGUAAAGGGUGUUUCAUCAA